GAAGACAUAUGACACGUAUUUUGUCUUUGUAACACGAAGCCGUCCGAUUUAGUCGAAAAUUGGGCGCAAUGCGUUUGUCUGCAAGGGCGCCCUUGCAGAGCGCACCGUGCGGUGGCUCAUUGGCCCCGAUUCCGUGUGCACGGUCGGCGAAGCAACAAAGUAGCGUCAGGGCGGCUGGGAGCGUAGCCUCGAGACUCGCCGAGCCUCGCACUGAUGGCUCGGAGAACUGGGUCGAGCAGGUUGCACAGCGUCAGCGGGGCCAAUAUGGCAAGCUUGCGAAGUCUACGGACCGCCUGUAUGAGCGGCUGCUCGACCUGGACGUGACGGACUUGCAGUCGGAGGAUGCGAUGGGCUUGCUGCAAGCUGCCGACGAGGAGCGGACGCGCAGCCAUCACAGCGCCAGCAGCAGCGGUGGCUCUGCCAGAAUGCCCGUGACGGAUCGCAUCGCGUAUCGCGGGGGUCGCCGCAUGCUGCCGCCGGGGCCAGUGCCCGCUAGCCCCGAGGUGGUGAUGUCGCUGCUGCGCCGCACCGCGGCCAAGCGCGAGGUGCUGCAGGAGCUGGACGUCACGAGCCCCGCCGCAGUGGCCCGGCGCCUGCUGUUGCUGGUGGAGGUGCUGGGGUUGAGCCCGGAGCAACUGGUGGGCAUGGCCAGGAGGAACGGCCGGCUGCUGCUCAAGCGGCCGGAGCAGCUGCGCGCCGCACUGGAAGCACUCACAGACGUGGUGGCGGCGCUGGGGCCGCCGGCAGCAUCGCCGGCGGCGGCGGCAGGCAGCGACGAGGAGGCGGAUGCUGCGGUGGCGCGCGCGCGGCAAAUGGCGGCGGCGGCUCCGGGGCUGCUGCUGCUGCCGCCGGAGCGCCUGCAGCGCAGCGGGCGGGAGCUGGCCGCGGUGUGCAAGGCGCGAGGCGUGCCGCUGCUGCCCAUGCUGCAGUCCCGCCCCGACCUGCUGCGGCAGUCGGCCAGCGGCCUGGCCGCCAAGAUGGACGUGCUGCCGGGGCUGCUGGGGCUGCCGCCGCGCCGCAUGAGGGAGGUGCUGGCCAGGUGCCCGCAGCUCCUGCGCAGGUCUCCUGCGGAGCUGGCCCGGCGCUACCGGCUGCUGCAGUCGCUGUUCGGCGUGCCGGCGGCCUUCAUGGCGGAGCUGGUGGCGCAGGAGCCGCGCGUGCUGGGCGGCUUCGGGGGGACGACGCUGCAGGCCAAGUUUGCGGGGCUGGCGGGACGGUACGGCAGGUUCCAGGAUGACGUGGCGGACAUGAUCCUGGUGGAUCCAUCCGUACUCAUCAACGCCGUACCGGCGCCGCCGCUGGGCGCCAGAUCUGGAGUUGGAUCCGUGUCUGGAUCCAGUGGCGCAGGGAGUGCGGGGUCGCCGUCAUCGCCAUCGCCGUCGGCGUCUGUGCUGUCUCUGAGCAGCCUGGCUUCCCUCAGCAGCCUGGACGGCUGGGAGCUGCCGGCAGCUGGUGACCUGGCGGCGGGCGACGUGGCCGGUGAUGGCGCAGAGGAGGCGGACGCGGCGGAGCGGGCGGAGGGCGAUGCGGGGGAGGCAGAGGUGGGGGCGCGCUCCGGCCGCCGGCCUGGCGCUCUGGCUCCUCCUCCGCCUGUGUUGGAUCAGGUGUUGGCGCUGUCUGCCGCCACAGGGGUGCCGCUGGGGGGCGUGCUGCAGCUCAUCGCCGAACAGUCGGAGCCACACACACACACCCCGCAGGCGCAGCAGCGGCUGCAGGUGGCGGCUGGCGGCCGCAGCCGGCACGGCGGUGCCGGCCACGAGCUGCUGGCGGGCUUCGGGGCGGAGCAGGUGGCGGCGCGGCUGGCGGCGCUGGGCUCGGCGCUGGGGCUGGGCGGCGGCGGCGACCUAGCCGCUGUGCGGGCCACUCUGGCGGCGCACCCGCGGCUGCUGCUGCUGUCGCCGCAGCAGCUGGCGGAGAGGCUGGCGGCGGCGGAGCAGCUGCUGGCGGCGCCGCCAGGCGCCGCCGCAAUCACGCCCGCCGCCGCCACCCCGGGCGAAAGCGGCAGUAGCAGCGCCGCCGCAGCCGCCACCCAGCCGCUGCCGCAGCGCCACCCCGAGCUGCUGCUGCUUGAGCCGGGCGAGCUGCGGUCGCGUGUGACCGCCCUGCGUGACCUGCUGCUGCCGCCCUCGGCCGCAGCCGCCUCCACCUCCGGAGCGGCGCCGCCCUUGAGCCUGCCGCUGCCGCCGCGGCUGUGGUCGCUGCUUGCGUCGCAGCCGGGGCUGCUGGUGGGCUCGGCGGCGGAGGGCGCGGAGGCGGAGGAGGGCGCGGGUGCGGGCGCGGCCUCAGCGGGUGCGCCUGGGGGCCUGGCGGCUGCCGCCGCCGCGCCGCCCUCUGAUCCUGUGGCGGCGGUGCGCGAGAAGCUGCUGGUGAUGCAGAGCCUGUUUGAGAUCCCGCGGCCGCUGGUGCUUGAGCUGGUUUUCCGGGAGCCAGGCCUGCUGGCGGUCUCGGCCACCGCGCUGGAGUCCAAGUUCCGAGCCCUGGCCUCCUCCUUCGGCGCCUUCUCCGCCGACGCCAUCGGCGUGGUGCUGGCCGACCCCUCCCUCAUCCUGCGGGCCGGCCGGCAGGGCGCAGCCGCAGACGCAGAGGACGGCCGGCUGGCGGUGGCCAUGGCGGGCGCGGAGGAGGAGGCGGCGGUGGCCAACGCGGCCGCGGCGGCCGCAGCCGCGGCGCGGGCGGCGGGCGCGGGCGCGGGGCGGUCGCGGUCGGGAGCGCGCGGCCGGUCUGGGUCUGGGUCGAGGAGCGGCAGCCCUGCAGUGGACCGCGCGACGACCAAGGCGGGGCGGCGGCGGCAGCGCGCGCAGGCGGCGGCAGCGGCGCGGCGGGAUGCGGAGGCGGCGGCCGCGAAUGCGAAGCGAGGCGCCGUGGGCGGGAAGGGCGCGGGCGCUGGGUCUGCAGCAGCACAGCAGCCGCAGGCAGUGGGGCAGCAGCCGCAGGCGGCGGCUGCACAGCAACGGCGGCCGCAGACGCCGCAGCGCGGCAGUCAGCGCACCUCGGGUGCUGCCGGCGUCGUCUCUAUGGCUGGCGCUGGCGCUGGCGGCGCGACCUCUGGGAUGCCAGGUGCCCAGGCGCAACGUGCCGGCAGUAGCAGCAGCAAUGCACAGCCGCAGGCCAGCAGCGUCAGUAACAGCAGGACAGCGGCUACUGCCGGUGGCACACCUGCGGCGGGGGCCGCUGCUGCCCGGGCAGAAGUGCCUGCGCCGGCGGCUGCAGGGGGUAGGGCUGCGGGCGCGGCGCCGCCCCAGGCACCCAGUCCUGCCACCGCGGCCGCGGGCGGCAAGACGGGCGGCGGCGCUGACAGCGGUAGCACCACUGGUGCGGGUGGCACUCAUGGAGGCGGCGCCACGGGCGGUGUGGGCAGUGGCAGCGGCAGCGGCUCACUGGGGGCGCUGGGCGCAAUGAGUGCGGCGGACUUCGACCGGUUGGGGGAGGAGGGGCUGCCGCCGCCGCCGCCGCCGUCUCGGCGCCGCCGGCGGCCGCAGGCGGAGCAGUAGAUAGGAGCAUUGGCCGCGGAUGUGGCGAAAUGGAGUAAGGGGCGAUGAGCGGGGCGAGCGGCUGUGGAGUAGGGGCUGGGCAGUCUUCUUUUUCAGGACGUGCCGGUAGAGCAGUGGGGUCGGGAUCCUGGGAUUGUGAAUGGGCGGCUGCAGGCACACCUGUUUGGCGCGCGGGGUGGGGGAGGACGAUUGGACGAGGAAGUGCGGUGGCGGUAAUGAAUGAGUGCGGUGCCGUGCAUGGGAGGGGGAGGGGGUAGAGGCCUGCUGCGUUGAGGAGGACACGACCACAAGGUC